AUGUGUGUCACCCACCUCUUUUGCGAUCUCAAGUUCCGUCUCCUGCAAGCGCAGUGCGGCGGCCAUGUCACCCAGCUGGCACUUCAGUUGCGCAUAGUUCUGCAGUGGCCGCUGAUGGCGGUGGCGCGGGAUGUGCGGCAGCAGCGCGCGCGACGCCUCGUAUGCCCGUUGCGCCCGCUCCACCUCGCCCACAGCGGAGUAGGCGAUGCUCUCACAGCAGCAGAUAUCGCACAGCAGCUGAUGCUGCCCGGUGGCGCUGGCAAGGCGCUCCGCUGCCUCGUACCACGCGAGGGACUCUGGAAAAAGGCCGGAGAUCUCGAGCGUCACGCCCAUCUGCAUCGCAAUCCACCCCAGCGCCGCUUUCUCGUGCGUCGCGAUGGCAAUUGCCGCCGCCCGCGUCAAGUUAACGCGCGCAUCCAUGGUGUCAAUGACGCGGGCAAAAGUACGUGUGAUGGCAAGGCGCGCCAACAUCUCGAAUGUGUCAAGCUUGUGCUUCUCCGCGAGCUGCAGGGCCCUGUAACACGUCUGCAGGCUUCUCUCCACAUCGACGCAGCUGUCGCUCGUCUCCAGGAGGAUCGCACACACCAGCUCAGGACAUUGAUGAUAACUGGAUUCCGGAAUCCCCCGCAACGCGCGCUGUAG